AUGGAUCUCUUGAAGCAUCACUACCUGUAUUCCCCCCAGCAUCACCCGUAUCGCCUUACAGGCAUGAGAUACGGAGCUGUAUCACCUUACCAAGUGGUCAGCAUUCCGCGAUGCACCUGUGAGUGUUACUGUGAAAGGAGUCGAGUUCAAAUUGUCGACACGGAGGCUCGCAACUUAUCGGAAUCGGACAGAGAAGGACGAAGCAGGGAUCUUGACGAUCUGAAAAACGGUAUGUAUCAAUGACUAUUCAGUACAAAGAUUUUCCUAAACGUAAUGCACCUUUGGGAUUUUAGUAACCUUGACCAACACCCCACCAACUGAUUGAUGUCUUUAUCGCGCUUUAGAGUUCUUAACAUCCGGUUUUCAUCAUAACCUAGUAUUUAGCGCAAUUUAAAGGCUUGUCGCAGUGUUUAUAAGGCUUAUUUUCUCAGAGUUUCCAAUAUCGAGCCUUUCAUGUUCUGUUUUUUGUGUAAAGUUUAGAUGUAAGCGCAUCAGUAACCAAGUGAGAUGUGAUAUGCAAUUGAUGGAUUUUUAUUUUAAAAAGUAAUUAAAACAACAGCAUUAGGGGUUACUUUCUCCCUGUUUUGUUUGAUUUUUACGGUUAGAGUGAGCAGUGCGGAUUUUAUUUGCGAAAAUGAAGCAAAGUUUGCUUUGAUUUGGUCGAAAGAUGCAACUGAGGUUAAUUGUAGUAUUGGCCACUCAGUUUUUACCACUGUAGAAAAAAAUAUAAUUACAUAUCGCACGGCCAAAGCAAUUUGUAUUCGAGAGUGUUUAAAUGUCAAUUUUCCUUGUAGUCAAAAAGGCAGAUGGUUUAUAACGCAGGGGAUAAUCUUUUCCUCUCCAAAUGGGUUUUGUUUUGUAGGUUUUUCGCUUUUAAAAAUCACAAUAGCAAGAUCGAAUUAAUAAUGAGCUGAGAUUUUCUAUUCCACUCAGGCUCUUUUGUGUCCAUCUAAUCCGGUUCAUAACCGACUAAUUUCGGGUGAAUUUAAUAGCCAAGUGUUCUUCCCUUCAACCACUAAUGCGAGCCCUGAUUAAAGCUUACUUUUAUCCACACUUCUGAGAUAACUGGCGUCUUUUACACCGAUUUAUUUAAUGUCGCUUGAAUCAUUCUUGAGGCAGUUGCGAAGCGCACGCACUGCGUUUUUUUCUCUUUUCAAUUAUUUUUAACAAUAUUAGAGUAAAACAUAUUUUCUGCUUUUACUGAUUUCCAUGCAAGUAAGUCCUUAUAAACUAUUAAACGGUAUUUUAUGCGCAUUAUUAACUUGCCCUGUUUUCUGCUAAUAAAAUAUUGUUUAUACUAAUGAGUCUUAUUAGCGAAUGAAAAAUUAGUAAAAUGCAUUACUGAGGCAAAUCUCAACUUCUCAAUUUUUAUGGCUUUUUUUGUUUAAUCUUUUUUUUCUUCUGUUUGAUCUCAGCGAAAUAAAAAUUUUGUCUUUAAGUGGUUUUUGGUGCGUUUUUGAGCGCAAAUGUUCAGUUAAACUAAUGGGGACAACUGGGUUUUAAACAAUAGCCUGGCGAAUGCGUCAUAUAAUUGAUAGUGUUCAUUUCACAUUCAUUUCAGAGGCAUGAAAAUCAGGGUGACCAACGAUCAGAAAUAUCAACGAAGCCCUUCAUUGAAUAUCAAUGUUUUCCAAUAUGCCACUCUUUCACAAAUUGAUUUUGACAUAAAAUUCAAGGUAAUUAACUUGGAAAUGAUCUCUUGGUAGCUCGAGCUUUGUGCAGCUGACAGGUUGAGAAAACAUCAGGCCCGCACCUCGAAUCCAUUCUUGUUUCGAAAAAUACACAAAAGCCAAAUCUUAAUAUCAACCUUGAUACAAAAAUUCACACCAACCAAGUAUUUCUUAAUUACCUCAUUAUCGCUCCUUCCUAGCUCCAGAAUAAACGUGUUUAAUUUGUCGGGGUAUAAACCAUCGACUUGAGAUCGUUCAGAUAUAGCUAUAGCAGUUGUAAUAAGCCCCGCAACUUGACGAUUAAUAAAGUGUUAAGUGGCAUUGCCGAAACCACUGGGAAGAAAUAAUCAUGGUUAAACUGACUAGUCUUGCUACAUCGUUUGAUCGAAAUUUUGCUCUAAAAUCUUCACAUUUUUUUUCUGUUGAAAAUGUUUAAGCAUCACGUUUUUCAAUAUACUGAUACUGUAAGCAAACGCCUAGACCACCGAGCUAAUUUUCAAACUGGAGGGAUAGAAUCAUAAAAAUAAUAUACAAAGUGCCGCUGUUAACAUUGCAUCUCAACCAGUCAUACUAAACGUGUAACUCGUUGGCAUACAUUGAAUUCAACUAGAGUCGUAAAUGACCGGGAAACUCCCGUGAAACUGCAUAAAAAACUAUCCGGAAAAGCUUGAAAAUAAAAGAUAAUUUAAGUCUAACAAUUUAGGCUUCGGAAUCUAUUUCUUUGUGCACGGUUUCUCUUUUUCCUCACGCUUUUAUCCUCCUCUGUAUCCUUCUUAAUAUUUGGAGUACACUUUAGGACAAAAGCGAUUAUAUUUUUCCAUAGAAUUCUUCUGAGGUAGAAUUGAGAUUUAUUUCAUAGUUUCCUAAUGGAGGCUAAAGCGUGUACAAAGUAUUCAUUUGAAAUCUCAUAGAUAUCAUGGGCAUUGUUUCAACUGAUUUCGACCAUAUUUCAAGAAAGGGCGUUAUUUGUCUAUAUAUAUCCUGAAACUGAUACUGUGAAUAGCAAUAAUAAUAAUAAUAAAAAUAAUAAUAAUAAUAAUAAUAAUACUAAACAUCAAAAGUCAUGCGACUCCGCAAAAGUCCCACAAAGUUCCUGGUUAUUGAUUUUUUUGUCCAGUAUAGAAUAACAAAAGGAGUAAGUCUCGUCUUUGAUUACCGUUAAUGGUGUAGGUAAAGGUCACUGUUUGAAAGCGUAUUGUUCUUUAGUUUUGUAGGUAUGUCCACAGUAUGGGCUUCGCGACAAAAUAAAAUAAAGUGAAAUAAAAGUGAAAGAAUGAAGAAUGAGGGAGAAACUAGGAAUUUCAAAUAUUUGAAAGUGUGCGCUGGCGUUUAAAUUGGAAGAUGUACAACCCGGUUGGAAAUAACAGCUAAACUUGAAUUUCUAUAGAGAAUAAGAUACUAGAAAUGGGACAAUAGAUAUCCCGCAAUUUAUCUAAAUUUAACCGGGUUGCUCUUUGUGUACUCGUAAAUUGAGCUGUUGUUUCUCAUAAAAACAUAAGGAAUAAUGAGGAAAUGUUAGAGGCCAAAGAAAAAUUUUACAAAAAAAUCAUCAAAAUUUCUUUUUAAAAUAUCUUGACAAAUAAAUAUUACUAUUCAAAAGUUCUGGAAAAGAGGUUUCAUUUGAAUGGUAACACCAGAGGAUUUGGUCCAUUGAUUUAAAAAAGUUAAAAUGACAAAUUCUCUAGCCAGUCGGCAUUACUGGUCUUAAAGUGAAGGGUUAAAACUAAAAGCUAUAGAAUGAGAUACAUAAGGGCUACAUAAGAUAGAUUCUAUCCUUAUGUUAUGCUUUUUCAGUCCUUUUGUUCAAAUGUCAUCGUUAAAAGAGCAUGAAUUCAACCUAUCUAUUCUUUAAUAUUUUCACUAAUCAUUCCAGAUCGGCUAAUUAAACACAAGACGAACUAGUUUUUCCCUUUAAUAAUUGGCGAUUUUGCUCUGUGUGCAGUUUAAUAAAUGAACAAAGGCAAGAAUGGCUAUAAUAAAUGAUUUUACUAUGUUAGGUUAAAAGACAUCAUUUUUCUAUGACACUUUCAGACAGUAUGUUUUAUCACCUUUCCUGAAGUAUUCACACGUGUCCAGCUGAGGUUAAACAAAGGCAUUCUGUUGCGCUGUAUAAACGAAGAUGUGUCUAUACGAGUAAAUAAUACCUUUUGCGAGAUGACAUUUGUUGGCUUAUCUUUUAGUUUCCAUAAACGUGUAAUUGCAUGGCUUAACUUUUUUUUUAGCAAAAUCCGGUUAACAGCAAAACCAAUUCGCCACUUUAGAAAGGAAACUGGGUCGAGUUAACCUCCGCAAAGACUUCUGGGACUGUUGCAAGGGACUGGGAAAAAAAAUUGGCCAAUAGCCGACAGGCGCGUCCCCAGUAACGAUCCCACAAACAUGAAUUGCGGGACGCAUUUCGGCUCCAGCCUGAUGUUGAGCGCGGGAAAAUAUAACAGCAGGUCCAAGAGAACGCGAGAACAUUUAAUUAAACGAAGUAAGUCGAAGGGCAUGCAUCCUGAAGCUAGCUCUGGUAAAUAUUCAGUCGCAAUUGCGGGAAAAGAUUUAACGGCACGCAAGGGCAGGAAAAUAUUAAGAAGUACUACUAGAAUAGUUAGGAGAGACGCACAUAUAGAUGUCGACGUGGUCUUGUUCCUUACUGGCUAAAAGACUGACGACGAAAGUACGGGAAAAUAUUCAACCGCAAGGGCGGGAAAACAUUCAGUAGAGCUAGCAGUAUAGUUAGGAAAGACGCACAUAUAGAGGUCGAUGUAGUCUUGUUCCUGAUUGGAUGAGAAGAGCAUCGUUUCUUUAUAUUUUACCCUGGUUUGUCAGAACCAUUGCAAGCAUUUCAACCUGUGUACAAAAAUCAGCGAAAAUGAAACGGAAACAAGCUUUCAUAAACUAAAAAUAUCGCUAGUAACGAUAUUUGUCGUGAAAGUCACAUGCUCUUGCUGACUUUAUCUAUUCGUCGUUGGGCUAUUAGUUUAAUACAAUUAUUUCUUUGCUGGAAUGUUUAAACCUAUACCGGAGAAGCUCUUGUUGCUAAUAUCACGACUGAUUCUCAUAGUGGCAGUGACUUCUUCAUUUAAACUGACCUAAAAAGUCAAGACAUUUCCCUCAUUUGGUGAAAUUCUUGCUCUUCCCAGUUUAUUGACAGGCCUUAUUACAGUGCAACUGUGUGUGUGUAUGUGAGGGGGGCAGGGCACAUUUCGUGUCUUUUCUUUUCCUUUAUCACUAUAGAAGAGAAGCCAAGAUUUUAAUUCUCUUUUUAACUUGUAUCUAGAUUUCUGUCUCGACAAAACUGGCAGACGAAACCGAACCACUUACAAAAGAUGGCAAAUUGAUGAGCUUGAGCGUGCGUUCUCUCUCAAUCCGUACCCGACCAGCGUGUUUAAGAAGACUCUUGCGUUAAGACUCGGUCUGAGGGACUCGCGAGUACAGGUAAUCUUCGUUUUUGCAUUCAUAAAAGAGCUGACUCGUACCAAGUCGCUUCUUUUUAUUCGCGCUGUGAUUAAUGGGAAAGAUUUAGCGAGUUCGCGGUGCAUUAAGGGAAUGAAGAAAAACUCUUCUUCGCAAACGCCAUUGCGCGCGUCGAUCUUCCUUUCCAUAUUCCUUUGCGAGAUUAAGUGGCGACUGGAUACGAAUCAGGAAUUUACCUGUUUUCCUGAGCAGUCUUUUAAAAUAGAGAAGUCAUGUCAGGUAAAGCGAAGUCAAGAAAGUUUUUAAAAGUAAGAUAAAGAACAAUUGAGAAAAUGUAGGUGUGAUGGAAUUAAAUAAGAUAAAGUCAAGUUGUAUAGGAAAUAGUGAAAAGGGGAAAUUAAAGAGAUCUCGACUAGAGUCAAAUAGUUUUAACGUCGACAGAGCUCAACCAUUUUCCAACACUUCCUAGGUUUGGUUUCAAAACCGCCGAGCGAAGGCGAAGCGAGAAAGGCAUGGCGGAAUAUCAGAAUGCUGCAGCAACGAUACAGAAACCGAGCUCACUGAGGCAGAAGACGAGCAAUCAGAACACGUGACUGAACAUGUGACGGAGGGCAAGGAAAACAAAGAUUCUGAACAAGAUGUGGAUGUGGAUUAAGUCUAGUCAAGAGAACAUACAGUCCCCCACUCCCGACGAGUUUUUUGCACUAUUCACUCCUCCACAAAACGUCCACACAAAGCGCAAGGAUGCAUUAUCCGGGGGAAAACCGAUACGUUCCAAAAAUAACUUUAGAGGGGUUACGAUGGGUAUAGGACCUAUGUGGGGGAUUAACUCGCUGGUUCCUUUAUGUUCUCCUGGUCUAGUAUUCGCGCGCUAAAAUACUUUCGUUCAACUGCAUUCAAAUAAUGACUAAGUGACGUAACAUAAAACCGAAAAUAAGGAAACAAUGGAAAGGGCCUAAACUGGUGGCUUAUUUUAGUUCACUUCAUGUUUUAUAUGAUUCUGUUGAAUCAUGAAAAUUGCAUAUAAUAUUUAGAGAGGAGUACUGAAAACUAGUUGUCUGGUGAAAUAGAAUGAAGGAUCAGAAAUUAUUGACAUACAUGUAGAGCCUGGAGGAAAAUUUCAGUUGGAAAGGCCACAGUCACUCGUAAUCAAUUAAAAAUCUAAAUGUCUGACCUGCAAAGGGCAGUGCAGCCAAUCUUCAGCAGAUAUAAUUAUUUUUUAUUUGUUUCUGGUUGGCUAGAACCCUGCGUCACUUUUUCAGCUUAUCAAAAGAGAAAUAUUUGUUUUUCCGUGCUUAUAUUGUUAUCAAGUUCGUAUCAGUUUGACAUUGGUCUGCAUGUGUUCCACGUUGUGAUUGGCUAGUCCUGUUUUACUGUUACGUUUCGUUUUACGUUACGUUACGUUGAAAAUCGCGCUAUUUCCCGCAUGAGAUACAGUAAUACUUUCUAAUACGGACACCGAAGGGACAGAACCAAGUGUCCGCAUUACAGAGGUGUCCGUUUUGUAGAAGUUAGAAUUGCAUUUAGUUUGGUGUCUUUUUGAUGAGGAGAAAUGUCCAUAAUAGAAAUUAGCCUGCUACAAGGC